ACUUUAUUCUGCUAUACAAAUUUAGGUUAGAAUGCUGUGUUGUUUCGUUGUCAUCUGCAUUAUUCAGUAUACUAUUCUAUUCUAAAACUGAAUGGAAUGUUCCAAUAAUAAGACAAACGUUAAUUGCACUGGCUGCAAUAAAUUUUCAAUAUGAGCACUAACCAUUAUAAAAAAGAAAUAGAUAACAUUGUGAAUUAUGCAAAGAAAAAUAAUAUAUCUGAAGAGCAAGUUAAUAAAAUAUUCAAUGAGUGCUUCUACUUACUAGAGACAAAAUCUUCAAGCCGAUUACAAUUUAUUUUGAAAUUCAUAAAAUGGCUUACUAUUAUCUCGUUUUUACUAAUCACAAGUGGCUUUGUUUUAUACAAUCAUCCAAAAACCCACAAUAUACUUUUAAGAAAUGUACAAAACUUAAUUUACCCUGGAUUGAGAAUUUUUCGUAAAUUUGCUGUUCCUGUCAUCACAGUAUAUCCAUCUCUAACUGAAUGGUAUGAUGAGUGGUGUCUUUUGGAAAAUCCUUAUUUUGAAGUUAGUGAUAUGGACUGUUGGCCUUGUAAUUCAGUCAACUCUGUACAAGACUUAACUGGUUAUAAUGUGACUUCUACAUUUAAUACUGGUAUACCAUUCAUACGCAUUGAAAAAACUGAAACAGUGGACAUUAAAGAACUAUACAAAACUUAUGUUAAAUACCAAGAUGUUUUUCGCAUAGAUGCUGCAUUAGUUUCAUCUAAUAAACUUCAUUAUAGAACAAUAGAUGAUGUAAUGCAGACUAGACUUGAUUUAUAUCCGUUUUCUAAUGGUAGUACACACAUUGAAUGGCGAAUAAAUCGCAUGGAACCUGGUAGAAAAUUAAGGGAGUUGUUUCCUAAGCUUCCAGGUAUUCCAGAUUGGUGGAAUCCAAGUAUGGAAAAAUAUAUUUUCAUUGAUGAACCAAAGUCUGAUAGUUAUAGUCUGCCUAAUCCAGAAUGUGCCAAUGUCAUCAUACAAUGUACAAGUGGAGAAAGACUGAUAGAAUUAAACCCAAGUCCAGAAUGCACUCGAAAUUGUCAAAAAUUGAAGGUUUUACUAACAUCCCACCAAAGUUUGUGGUACAAUUGGUGGUAUUGGCGUCCAAUAAGUACACCAUCAAACACAACAGCAAUAACAGUAAUGUAUGUCACCUCAUUUUGCUGAUGACAUGUAAAUAGGAAGAAAACCAAUUCAGCUAUAAAUUUAAUAUUGUAUUAAAAAUAUUUUUUUAAAUAAAAAUUUCUUACUCUGAA